AUGACUGGUGACCACUCUUCACCGAGAAAGCCAAAACUUCCGAAGCCACCAAAACAGAUACCACGGAAGGAACACCAUGCCAGACUCUCCUACCUAUACCAGAUAUCCACUCUGAUGGCUGCCAGAAGCGAAUCUUCGGACAAUGAAAAGGAUAUGGAAACACUUUCCAGAGUGUAUGCGCGCAAUCUGGAUAUUGUGUCGAAAAAAGCGGUGCUCAAACUAUCACCGACAGUAAAGAGGUCUAUAUGCAAAAAGUGCCAUAGAAGGCAGAUUGAAGGCAUAACGAUGUCCACUCGCCUUUCCAAUCCUUCGAAGAAAAAGACAAAAAACAACGACAUCAUGGAAUGUUCUUGUAAGUGUGGCGAAACUAGGCGUUUUCCAAUUGGAAAAAAUCCAGAUUUCACACCCUUUCACGAAAGAGAAGACCAUGUGGUUGCCGAGGCCUAA